CGCGACGGCGGAGCGCGGUGGAGGGGGCGGCGCGGAGCCGCUGUGCGCCCGCAGCCCGCAGCGCAUGCCCGGCCGCGCGGGGUAGCGGCGGGCGGGAGCGCCGUCCAUGCGGGGCGAGAGGCGCAGCGGGGCCGCGGCAGCAUGAGCCAGAGCGAGGUGUCGCCGUGCGCGGCGCCGCUCAGCCAGCGCGUCUUCCAGGAGGCCGUGCGGCGCGGCAACACCAAGGAGCUGCAGUCGCUGCUGCAGAACAUGACGAACUGCGAAUUCAACGUGAACUCCUUCGGGCCCGAGGGGCAAACGGCGCUGCACCAGUCCGUCAUCGACGGCAACCUGGAGCUCGUCAAGCUGCUCGUCAAGUUCGGCGCCGACAUCCGCCUGGCCAACCGCGACGGAUGGAGCGCGCUGCACAUCGCUGCCUUCGGGGGCCACCAGGACAUCGUGCUCUACCUGAUCACCAAGGCCAAAUACUCCGCCGGCGCGCGGUGAUGCGGGGCCGCCCCCCGACGCGUCAAAGCUGCUCGGACUGCGCGCUCCGUGGUUCUGCCCCGCCGAGACACACCGCCGCUUACCUGCUCCCGAGUUCGUUGUUUUGGUUCGGUUUGGUUUUCCUUCCAAGGGUUGUUUUCCUACUGUAAUUUUUUUUUCCAUCUACCUCGGCUGCACUCACAGUAUUCACGGUUUCAGUUUGACAUCUGCUCAGAUGCUUUAAAACUCUCCCACCUCCCGGUGGUAUUUAAUCCUCCCCCCGAUCCUUCACCCGUCCCUCGGUUUUAAAGCACUCUGCCGCAGAACGAGUUCAUUUCAACACUCCCACCCUUUCCCCCUCCCCGUACCCUGCGGGCUGUGCCCGGCGCUGGGGCUGCGCAGGUGCCCCUACCCGGCGGCUCCCAGGCUGUUCUCCUUCUCGUUUUUUUUUUUUGUUUUUUUGUGUUUUUUUUUGUUUUUUUUUUUCCUGAGACAACUGCAUUGGAAUAUGACAGACAUGCCCUGCCUGGUUCCUUUUUUUCCUUUAUUUUUACCCUUUUUACGUUGAGUUUUCUUCUGUUUCGUUGUUUUGUUUUGUUUUUCUUUGGGGGUGUCUGAAGAAAGUCUGCAUCCUCAGCCGGUCCUUGAAUCCAUUUAGCACACGUGAGACCACAGGAAAAGACAUUGAAUCCUUCCUCCCGGCGUCGUGUGUGUGAGGGGAGGGGGGGGGAAAUCAGCGAAUCCUGAACUUACUUUUAAUUAAAAAAUAAUUAAAAAGAAAAAAAAAUAGGCGAAAUAAACUUUAAGAGGCAGAGGAUUUGCUUUUGCACAGAAGAGGGGCGCGAGCGCUCUCUGCUGCCUCGAGAGGUGCCUGAAAACUACUGAGAAAUAGUUUGGGAACUUUUGUUGUUCUUUCGGUGAAACUUGGAUAACACUUCUCAAUGCAGAAUGAUCCCAUUGACGUGUGUAGAGCCCGCCUGCCUUUUAUAUGGUAUAUAUAUGCCUGAAUCGAGAUAUAUAUAUUUAUAAAAGAAAGGGAGGGGGAAGAGCGAGCUGCCCUGAGUCGCAUUUUGAAGUGACUGCACGUAUAAUCGCAAUGCUGCUUUUUAUUGCAAUGGCACAGGAGCAUCCAUUUGGAAAAUGCGGAAAAAUUCAGAAGCCCCCUUCCCCCCCCCCCAUCUAUCAUCCCUCCUCUGUUCAUCUGCACUAAACCAACCACUGCCGCCCCCGCUCUCACUCCCUUUACCCAAACCGUUACAAUUAAAAAGGAAAAAAGAAAAAAAAAAAAGAAAAUAGUUACCUGCUGUUUUUCUGGGGCCAUGUUUUAACUAUUUAUCGUGUCUGUAUAUAUCUGUGGGUGACGUUUGUGAGCCUGCUCUUGCUGGACGCUGGCGGUGAGUGUUUCAAAUUUUGGGGAAAUACGCUUUUUUUUUUUUCCCUCUUUAUUUCCACCCCUUCCCCCCCCAGUCUUACCAUGUAUAAAACUCGAGUCUGCCGUUGUUAUUUCCCGUUGCACUGAGUGUUUUGCUUUGUCUCGUGGUUCCACCUGCAGUCCGUGUGGUUGGAGGUGCAGCGCUGCAGACCUGACGGGAAGGAGAGGAGCGCCGAUGCCCACCGGGUCUGUGCCAGCGCCGGCCCCGCUCCCCCGGGGUGGGAACAAUACCUUUCCCAGUGAGGUUUUAUUGUCGUUACCGGAUGGUUGCACAUCUUUUUUUGCUUUUUACUAAAUGGAUUUGCCACAAUGGAAAUGUCAUAACAUUUAUGACAUGAUAUUAAAAAAAGUGUACUUUAAAGCCAAGUUCUAGAUGGAUUUUUAAAAAGAAAUCUUGGUUAUAAACCCAGUCUAAAGGGAGCUCUGUCCAGUGUUGUAAAGACAACGUGAUGUAACCCAUAUUUAUAUUUUUAUAAAAUACCUAUUGAGACUGUGAA